CAAAACAAACUUCGCCACAUAGGAACAUUGCGACAAAUUGCAAAGCAAAAACAGAAACAAGCAGAGACAACACGGUGAUAACCAGCUCAAGAGAAAAUCCGUCGUAAAUAAAUACUGACUUAUUUUCACAUCAUCAAAAUCAUUCCGGUACAUCAAAUGGCAGAGGAAGCAAUAUUUGAAUAUCUGCACUCAGAAAUAGUUAACUACACGCUCUCCAAGGAGAACAGCAAGGAGAAUGACCUAACGGCCCUCGAGUACAUGGGCUACUCGACCGGCUAUCGGAUUAUAGAACGGCUAACGCGCGAGUGGCCCCGAUUCAAGGACGAGCUAGACACGAUGAAAUUUAUCUGUACCGAUUUUUGGAGCUCGAUCUACCGCAAGCAGAUCGACAACCUUCGGACGAAUCACCAGGGUGUGUACGUCCUGCAGGAUAACGCCUUCCGCUUUUUGACUAAACUGUCGUCUACCUCGCAGUACCUGGAGCAUGCCCCCAAGAUGAUUUGUUUUCCACAGUUCGUCGCUUUUACGUGUGGAUUGGUGCGGGGCAGCUUGGCGAAUCUUGGCAUCAACAGCACCGUGACCGCCGAGGUGCAACAGAUGCCCUUCUGCAAGUUUCACAUUCAAGUUAAUCGCGGAUAAGUUUCGGUUUCCAGUCUUUCCACGAAGUUCAAUAAAGAU